UCAAAGACCAAGAAAAGGGGAGCUUACAGAACCUAAACAGAGACAUCUUCUGUUGUGUCUCUCCCCUCUUAUAAAUCAGAGCCAAGCCAAGAGAGCAGAUUUUGUGGAUCAUCAUGUUCACGUAAUGACUAGUACUAUCUACAUACAUAACAUUACACAGAGUGGAUCAUUUUGAAGAUAUUUUUAAUCAGUAUAGCUUAGCAGCCUAGUUUGUGGCAAAUAAUGGGAAGAUCGCCGUGCUGUGAUAAGGAUGGUCUAAAGAAAGGGCCAUGGACACCAGAAGAGGAUCAGAAACUCUUGGCUUACAUUGAAGAACAUGGCCAUGGAAGCUGGCGCUCUUUGCCUGAGAAAGCUGGUCUCCAAAGGUGUGGAAAGAGUUGCAGACUGAGAUGGACUAAUUACCUAAGACCAGACAUCAAGAGAGGCAAGUUCACUGUACAAGAAGAACAAACCAUCAUUCAACUCCACGCUCUCCUCGGAAACAGAUGGUCAGCGAUUGCAACUCAUUUACCGAAAAGGACAGACAACGAGAUAAAGAACUACUGGAACACACACUUGAAGAAACGUCUGGUCAAAAUGGGGAUAGAUCCAGUGACACACAAGCACAAAAACGAGACUCUCUUGUCUUCCACAGGUCAAUCCAAGAACUUAGCCACGCUUAGCCACAUGGCUCAGUGGGAGAGUGCUAGGCUCGAAGCUGAAGCAAGGCUAGCUAGAGAAUCAAAGCUUCUCCAUGUACAGCAUCACCGAAACAACAAACCAGCAGCUCCUGAUUAUUGCUUGGCUCACAAGUCAUCAUCAACAAAUUGGACAAAACCAAACCAAGGAAACGGAGAUCAACAGCUUGAGUCUCCGACGUCGACGGUGACAUUCUCCGAGAAUCUCCCUCUGAUGAUCAUGCAUUUAGGAAUCCCCACGGAAAACAGAAACAGCAGAGUCGCCGUCUCUUCUUCCAUCAAAGAUUCCGACCACGACUGGAUGAAGCAAAUCAACUGUCCAAAAGAAGGAAUCGAAGAAGGAUUCACGAGCCUCCUGCUCCGUGAUUCAGUUGACCGGAGUCUCUCCGCCGGUAAAAACGACGAGAGUGAGUAUAGCUACUAUGAGGAUAACAAGAACUACUGGAAUAGCAUUCUCAGCUUGGUUGAUUCAUCACCGUCCCACUCUCCGACGAUGUUCUGAUCUAAUGCUCCACAGUGAUUCCGCCAAAUAUUUAAAAAAAUUCUCAGAUUGUUAUGUCGAUAGCUUCCAAUACUUUUUUUUUUAUUUUCUUUACUUUAUUUAUAUAAAAUAUAUCAUGGUAUUGUGAUGGAGAACUUCAUGAAAAUGACCAUUUUGCAAUAUAUAUAAUAUUCCUUUGGUUUUUGCAUAAUUGAAUGAUAGUAAAUUCAUUUACAAAAUGCUUUCUUUCUUUUUGAACAACAAUAUAUGCAAACAAUUUAGAAGAAAAUUGAUAUAUUUUAAUACAUUUUGAUAUUUUGACAUAGAAUAAAUUACUUUAUUCUUAAAGGACUACAACUAUUAUGCUCAUAAGCACUCUUCAUUUUAGUUAUUUUAUUUUUAUGCAAAGAGAUGUGGAAUGAAAGGGGUGUAAUAAAAACAACACGUUGACAUGUCGAGUAAAAGAAACACAAUUAAAUGUAUGGUAGUUUCAUGUCACUUUCUUUGUAAUAAAUAGAAAUAUAAAUAACACAGUACUAUGAAAAUGGUUACACUCAUCACUUAUGACUAGAUUGAAUUAAAAUAUAAAUUACAUAGUAAAUAUGAAAAUGGUUAUACAUUCAUCACUUACAGCAUAAUUAACCCUGAAACCCUUCACGGUUUCUUAAACAAUUUUUUUUUGUUUAAAAAAAAUUAAAAACAAACCAAUCGCGGACCGUUGUAUAUCGGUGGAACCAGCGAACAGUACAAAAAACCUUCCACAAUCCAUCUUUAUUUUGUUGUUUCUGUCACCUGUUUCAAAAAUUUUGCUGAGACCCAGACACUAAUUUAUUUUAAGAAACCCAAUUAACUACCGCCUUAAUCAUGGCUUUAUGAAUACACAAAAAACAUUGGUUUCCGAUUUUAAUUUGUAGAUUUGUUUUAUUAAGUUAAGUUUUUUUUUGGAAUAAAAAUGAAAAUAGGCGUAAUAAGGCUCUAAGUAUAGGCUUAAGGCAUUUCCAUUAAUUAAGGCCCAUAGAAAGCCCAGUUGUGACCUUUGUGAGAAGACAGAGACAAAGACAAAGGGAAACACUGUUGUGUCUCAAUACCACUCCUCGCGAAUCUGAGAUUGUCGGAAGAUUCGAUCGAAUUGGGGGGUUAGGGUUUUUCGCUGCCGACGAAGUGCUUAAUAAUCUGAUCAAUGACGCCGCCUCCAGGACUUUACUCCGGUACCAGCACUCUUGCCCUGAAUUUGGGGGGUUUUUGAGUCUGUCAUCUUCUUUUCGUAUGGAUCAGGUGGCUCGUGCUUCGGCUUUCGGACUGGGUCUCAUCUACGGCAACGUCAAGCUCAAGGCUUUGAAGAUAAAGAAGAACUCACAGAUUAAGGCUGAAGCCAAGGCUCAUCACUAAGCACCAAACAUCUUUCUCUCCCUCCAAAAUAAGAUGAUGAAGCCAAGUGAACGUUCUCCACAAAUGUAGCUGUUUCUUCUUCUUGAGCUAUAUCUCUCUUGGUGACAUUUUCGGUUUUUUUCUGUUUUCUUUUUGGCUAUCGUUGACGAAGAAGAGCAUAAACUUUUGUCUGAAAAAGCAAUCAUACUACCAUUUUUAUUUAAACCCGAUGCUAUGAACACCAUAUGUUUAUCAUUUUAACAAGAUUGGUUCAGUGACC